ACCUCUAACGCAGGCCGAGAGUAGCUGCCGUUUCUGAGAGGACGAUUCGUGAGGAGGCCCUUGGCGCGGUUUUCCUUUCCUCUCCCUUCUGCGGGGCCUGGCCGUGCUUCACCUGUGCCUAGAGCGUGGUGUGUUCUCGUCUACUUGCCUGACUUUCUGCAGACGGCGCCUUUCGUUGGCCCAAUAGUUCCUUGUCGAAAGUGCCGGCCCCCGCGCCGGCACCGGCCGUAGCCCGGUGGGAAGGCUCAAGAUGGCGUGCCUGUUGGAGACCCCAAUCCGCAUGAGCGUCCUCUCGGAAGUAACAGCUAGCAGUCGCCACUAUGUUGACAGGCUAUUUGACCCUGAUCCCCAGAAAGUUCUUCAAGGUGUCAUAGACAUGAAAAAUGCUGUAAUUGGAAACAACAAGCAGAAAGCCAAUCUCAUUGUUUUAGGAGCCGUUCCAAGAUUGUUGUACUUGCUUCAGCAAGAAACCUCAAGUACAGAGCUGAAAACUGAAUGUGCAGUGGUAUUGGGAAGUCUUGCUAUGGGUACUGAAAACAAUGUCAAGUCUCUUCUAGAUUGCCAUAUUAUCCCAGCCUUACUGCAAGGACUACUGUCUCCAGACCUGAAGUUCAUUGAAGCUUGCCUCCGAUGCCUGCGCACCAUCUUCACCAGUCCUGUAACUCCAGAGGAACUUCUAUAUACAGAUGCCACAGUGAUACCACACCUCAUGGCGCUACUUAGCAGGUCCCGCUACACACAGGAGUACAUCUGUCAGAUCUUCUCACACUGCUGUAAAGGUCCAGAUCAUCAAACAAUUUUAUUUAACCAUGGUGCAGUUCAGAAUAUUGCUCACCUACUAACCUCAGUAUCUUACAAAGUUCGAAUGCAAGCACUGAAAUGCUUCUCAGUUUUAGCUUUUGAAAACCCCCAGGUAUCGAUGACUCUGGUAAAUGUUUUGGUUGAUGGAGAAUUGUUACCACAAAUAUUUGUGAAGAUGUUACAGAGGGAUAAGCCUAUUGAGAUGCAGCUGACAUCAGCAAAAUGUUUAACUUACAUGUGUAGAGCUGGAGCAAUUCGGACAGAUGACAACUGUAUUGUAUUAAAGACACUGCCUUGUUUGGUUCGAAUGUGCAGUAAGGAGAGGUUGCUAGAGGAGAGAGUUGAAGGAGCUGAGACACUCGCCUAUCUGAUUGAACCAGAUGUUGAACUACAGAGAAUCGCUAGCAUAACUGAUCACCUCAUUGCCAUGCUUGCUGAUUAUUUCAAGUAUCCCAGCUCAGUGAGUGCCAUCACUGAUAUUAAAAGGCUUGAUCAUGACUUAAAACAUGCUCAUGAACUCCGCCAGGCUGCAUUCAAGCUCUAUGCCUCUCUAGGAGCAAACGAUGAAGACAUCCGGAAGAAGAUCAUUGAGACUGAAAAUAUGAUGGACCGAAUUGUGACUGGCUUGUCUGAGUCUAGUGUCAAGGUGCGGUUAGCUGCCGUCAGAUGUUUGCACAGUUUAUCUAGAUCUGUGCAGCAGCUUCGAACCAGUUUCCAGGAUCACGCUGUGUGGAAACCUUUAAUGAAGGUCUUACAAAAUGCACCAGAUGAAAUCCUAGUAGUAGCAUCUUCCAUGCUAUGUAAUCUUCUUCUUGAAUUUUCUCCAAGCAAAGAGCCAAUUUUAGAAUCUGGAGCUGUAGAACUACUUUGUGGAUUAACCCAAAGUGAAAAUCCUGCAUUGCGAGUGAAUGGUAUUUGGGCUUUAAUGAAUAUGGCAUUUCAGGCUGAACAAAAAAUAAAAGCUGAUAUUUUACGAAGCUUGAGUACUGAACAGCUAUUCCGGUUAUUAUCAGAUUCAGAUUUGAAUGUGCUGAUGAAGACAUUGGGACUUCUUAGAAAUCUCCUCUCUACUCGGCCUCAUAUAGAUAAAAUAAUGAGUACUCAUGGAAAGCAAAUUAUGCAAGCAGUCACGCUUAUUCUGGAAGGGGAGCAUAACAUUGAGGUCAAAGAGCAGACACUGUGCAUCUUAGCCAACAUAGCAGAUGGAACAACAGCAAAAGAACUUAUUAUGACCAAUGAUGACAUCCUGCAGAAAAUCAAGUAUUACAUGGGUCAUUCACAUGUGAAACUUCAGCUUGCCGCUAUGUUUUGUAUAUCAAACCUCAUAUGGAAUGAAGAGGAAGGUUCACAAGAACGCCAGGAUAAAUUACGAGACAUGGGCAUCGUAGAUAUUCUACACAAACUGAGUCAGUCACCAGAUUCAAACCUUUGUGACAAGGCAAAGAUGGCACUGCAGCAGUACCUGGCGUGAUGGGAGCGCCCUGGGCACCUGCAAGCAUCCCACAUCCUUGUUAAAGGAAGUACAGGAACUAGCCUCAUUUGAUUCCUUCUAUUUGCACAAGUCACCUUGGACUGCAGGGAGCUGUUUUGCAAAAGCAAUUUGGUAGGCUUAGAUCUCAAAUUCAUCUUGAGAACAUUUUUUUGAGGUAGUAAUUUCCUCAGAGGACUGUUGUGUUUUGUUUUGGUUUUUUCUGAGCUACCUGGACUCUUUAUUAGAACAAUCAAUCAUUUUCCUUUGGACCUACAAUUUUUUGCCUAUGCUGCAGCCACUUUGUGAGUGAGAAUGAAUGUGUCUCUGCACACACAGGUGUGUGUGCAUGUGUGUGCACGUGGGUCAGAAUGAAUGGAUGUGUGUGUGUGUGAGGGAUACCUCAAAUUUUUCUUUUCUUAUUUUGUGUGAAAAUCUCUUUUCUACAGAUUUUCCAGGGUUUAAGCAUUGCUUGCUGUAUAAAAAACUUUACUGAAUUAUAUACAGUUUGAAUGAAAUGUUAUUUUAAAAACAAAACAAUUGUUAAGUGUUCCAUAAAGGUUAUGUUGAAUUUUGGUCAGAUGAAUAUUUGUAAGUAAAAAAUAUAUGCAUUUCUGAACCUCAACUUACAUAGAUUUUCUUUAUAAAAAAAAAAAAAAAAGAAAAAAAAAGAAAGAAAGAAAAAGAAAAAAAAAAGAAAAAAAGGUUGGCUGUAGUUGGCCUGAGUAACAGGCAUGAUAUAUGGUGCUGUGCAAAUUAGUAAGCUAGCAUCUUACUGCCGUCAAUAUCAGCAGGUACAGAGCCUCUUUUCAGCCUAAUUCAAUAAGCUCUCAGGCUUCCAAGUCAAAUGGACAGGGUGGAGUGGAGUGAGGCAACAAAUCAUAGGAUUUUUGAACCAUCAAGGGGAAAUAGAACUACUGAUCGUGAAAGCCCAGCCCUGACUCUGGCAGGCUGCACUUGGCAGGAACUGGGCACCAGGAGCCUCCCAACAACCCUAAAUCCUGUCACUGGUGUAACGGUAUCUGGCAGGAUUUAGAGCCAGUCGUGGAAACUUAUGCUCAAACUAAAGUAAGUCAUCACUUCCUGGAAACAAAGUCCGAUCACCUUGUGCUUCCUGAAACAGCAUAUCACUGUGAAACUAAAGAAUGCUCUACAGACUCAUCUGUAGAAAGAAGUGAAGAACAGGAUAGUUUAGAAAGCUGGUUUUCUCUUAGCUAUACUCAGCUAAUUCUACUAGUCACUCAGGACUGCUAUUCAGUGUGCUUUUUUAAGACGAGAUCAAAAUUUGAGUAAGACAUGUGGCUGAGAUCUUCUCCUGCAUGAAGUCCAGAGCACUGAAGUUUGAUCGAGGGAAAGGGACCUCGCCAAAGGAUGAAAGAUGGCUUCUUGUACUGAGAGUGCUACUUCGCCCUUCUGCAGCCCUUAGCAUGGCACCCAGCUCCAGCUUCUGGGGCGGCUUCAAGGUGAAUGUCGCAGAAGUUGCUCUUGACUGUUUGGAAGAACAACCAGCCUUCCUUUCCCUUUGCUAAAAGAAGUUCAGAGGCAUUGCGGCCCAGAAUCAAGGUCUGUGGCCCGGAAGCUUGCCAUGAGUGUGCACCACUGGCAGAGUCCCAAGCCUACCAGCCACUCCUGAUGGGGUUGCUCACCCCGCAGUCACCCCAUCACCAACCUGCACCUUCCUUGGAGGAUUUAAAUAUGUUUGAUUGCAAAUGAAUGUUUUAAAGUGUAUUUAAUGCAGUUUUUCCUGUUCUCAGCAUGACCACCCAAGAUUCAAACACAGAGAUUUCAAAGUUAUUUUAUUCUCCCCAGAACAUCACUAAUUUAAAAGUCUGUCACAACAGGAACUUGGGUUUUGUGUGGAUGUCAGUGCUAAUGUGAGAACGCCAGUUUAAAGAGAAUCAAAUUUGUUGGGAAUAAAGCCUUAUAUAGGCCCACUCAUUUAAACUUCUAGUACUGAGAAAAUAUCCUUGGUUGGCAUUUGUAAUACAAACACUAUAGAGUUGGUAUUUAAAAGUACCAGGUAAAUAUUAAGGAAACCAAUAAUGAAUUGCUGAGACAAUCUUGUACCCAGAUAGCAUUAGAAAGCUGAAAGCCCAAUGAAAUAAAAUUUUCACACUUAAACUCUGUGGAUAAAUCUUGCCUGUGGCUAUAAACAGAUGGUCAAAGAAAAAGUGCUUUACUAUAAUUAACUUUUCUGAUUUGAAUGAAGGAAAAAUGUAUUUAUUUAAACAAAGCUGUUUGCUGCUUUAGGCAGGUGCAGUGUUCAGUCAGCAAGGAAGUGGGAGGAAUGGGGCGUGGUCUGUGUCUCCACCCGAGUCCUUCACUAAGCUUCUCGCUCUCUCUAAUACUGCAUUCUGUUUCUCCUUUUGUGCCCUGAUUGUAACCCAAAAUUUAUGAACUAGAAAAGAAUGUCCAAUUUAAUAAGUUGCAUUUUUUUUUCCUUAAGCACUUUAUGCAGAACAAUACAUGUUCUUCUGGUAGUGUUUGGAUAAUAUGAUUUUAACACAUGCUAAUAAAAGCCAAGAAAAAAAAUCAUGGCAACUUCUAAAAA